GAACUCUGGUGGAGCAGCGUUGGGGAGGGGGGGUCGAACCCUGGCUGGGGUCUACCCAGGCCCAGGCUUUUCCAGAGGGGAGGAGGGAAGUGUGGUCUGACAACACCCAAAUCCCCCUGCUAAUCCCAGGGCGGGGAUGUCAUAAGAGACUAGAAGGGUGACUCCAAGUCCUGGUCCCCAGGUCAGCUGUCUCAGCUCUCAAUCUGCAGAUCGUGUGUAGACUCUCUGGGCACAAACUCCACCCAGCCUGGCCUGUGCAUCCUUUUCUCUCACUGUCAGGGGAGGAGCCCAUCCUGGCGCCUCUCAUUGGCCUGUGAACUCUCUCUCUCUCUCUCUCUCUCUCUCUCUCUCUCUCUCUCACACACACACACACACACACACACACACACACCUGACUGGGCUCAAAGCCCAGCCAUUCCCAUAGCUACACCUGGCCCUAUCUCCAAGCUGUCUGCUCCGAGCUCCAGGACCUGGGGAAGUUCAGAACCUUCCAGUUGGGGACAGUGAGCACAAUGGCACCUGUCCUGCUGUCCCUGCUGCUCCUUCUGGGUCCUGCAGUCCCCAAGGAGACCCAGGCUGGGUCUUACUCUCUGAGCUUCCUCUACACCGGGCUGUCCAGGCCCAGUGAAGGCUUCCCCAGCUUUCAGGCCAUUGCCUACCUCAAUGACCAGCCCUUCUUCCACUACAAUAGUGAGAGCAGGAAGGCCAAGCCCCUGGGCCCAUGGAGCCAGGUGGAAGGAAUGGAGGACUGGGAGAAGGAGAGCGAACUUCAGAAAGCCAGGGAGGACAUCUUCAUGGUGACCCUGAAUGACAUCAUGGACUUUUACAAGGACAAAGAAGGGUCUCACACCUUUCAGGGAAUGUUCGGCUGUGAGCUCCAGAAUAACGAAAGCAGUGGAGCGUUCUGGAGGUACGCCUAUGACAGUCAGGACUUCAUCAAGUUCGACAAAGAAAUCCCAGCCUGGGUCCCUCUGGACCCAGCAGCUCUGAACACCAAGCAGAAGUGGGAGGCUGAGGAAGUGUACGUGCAGCGGGCCAAGGCCUACCUGGAAGAGGAGUGUCCAGGGAUGCUGCGGAGGUACCUGCCAUACAGCAGGACCCACUUGGACCGACAAGAUUCUCCCUCUGUGUCAGUCACCAGCCACGUGGCCCCAGGACAGAAGACAACACUCAAGUGCCUGGCCUAUGACUUCUACCCACGAGGAAUCGGGCUGCGCUGGACUCGGGCCGGCGACACGCAGGAGACUGAGUCAGGGGGAGACGUUCUCCCCAGUGGCAAUGGCACUUACCAGUCCUGGGUGGUGGUGGGAGUGCCCCCUCAGGACCAAGAUCCCCACUCCUGCCACGUGCAGCACAGCAGCCUGGCCCAGCCCCUCACUGUCCCGUGGGAUGCACGGCAGGAAGCCAGGGCUGAAGGUGAAGUGGGCACACAAGCCCAGUAGCCCGCCUUUCUGAGGCCGUGAGAGAGAUGAGCUCUAGAGACCACUGUCAACACCGUCAGCCAGGCCCAGGGGACGGUGCAGGGGGAUGGUGGUGAAUUCCGGGUGGUGGAUUCCCAGAGAGAAGACCUGAUGCCGGGCACUGAGCGGACUCACAGCCAAAGGGCCUUGCAAACCCCCAUCCUCUAAUCUGUAAAAUCAAAUUAGCAUCAUCGCCUUGCCGAGCACACAAUAUAGAAAGGUACUUUUAAACUGCAAAAUGCUGUAGAAAUGUGAGUUUAUCAUUCAUCCUGCCCCCUGAGCACUGGAUUCAUCUGAAAUUCUUAGUACCCACUGGAAGCAGUGCUUACUGGACACCUUACCUGGAGUAUCCACCAUAGCAUGGCCUGGACCACCCGGUCCCUUGGGCAUGGCUCACGUGCCCACUGCCGAUGUCCCCUUUGGUCGAGAGGCCAUAGAACUCUGUAAGCCUCUUCUGUACCUCAUUUUCCCUGGCACUCCCCCACUCCCUGUGAGACACCGCCCUCCACUCCAGCUCCCGGACCUUCCCCACACCUUGCUGGCCUUGGGGCCACACACAGCUCAUUGGAGAGGCUCUAUCCCUCCAGGACCCACUUUCAGGAAGCAGGAAUCGGCCCUGAUGUUAUUGGACUCCCUCCAAAUUCAUUUGAGUGUGUUUUUUGAACUGUCACCCACCCCCAUGCACAGGUUUAAGCCCCAAAGACAGAGCAGAACCCUCACGCCUGACCAGCUCUCACACCUGGCCGUAUUAUUAGGCCUCCCCUGCCUAUGACUGCUCUUCCCUUCCUGCAAGGCAAGACCUUCCUUCACAUCCCAGCCUUGGCCUCCCACUCCUGAUUACUCCACAGUCAACCCUCCAAGUUGAGAUCCUUAGACAAAUCAUUCCCAGCCUUCAGAAUUCUUUUCUU